CGUAAGUUUUCUGCGUAAAGUUAGAUUUAACGUCUGCGUUCGGUACAAUUCCUUCAAGACAGAGGGAAGAACUCGUGUGAUUUCCAAGAAAGAAAUAUGUAUAAGUGAUUUAGUGCUUUUAGUGUUAAAGCGCGAACGAUAUUUUUUAAAAAAAGCAAAGAAAAAACGAUGUAAAAAUAUACUCGAAUAUUCCAAGUUAAUUUACUAACGAUAAAAGGGAAAAUAAAAUAAAAUGAUAUCUAUUAAUAGUAGUAAAAAUAAUAACCUCUUCUCUCGUGAAUUCAUAACCACACAGUUGAUCAUUCUAUUACUAAUCAGCGGAGAUAUAUUUGUUCCAAGUCAUUGCACAAAAAAAGCCGAAAAGGCCGAGAAGGCCGAAAAAACCGAAAAAGCCAGGAAGAUCGAAAAAGCCGAAAGGGCCGAUAAAACUGUAAAAGUCGAAAAAACCGAAAAAAUUGCAAAAACCGAAAAGGCCGAAAAAGCUGCAAAAGCCGAAAAGCAUAAGGCCAGGGUUAAACCAAACGACGAAUCUCUGAAUAAUAAUGACGGUAGAAUUAUCGGUUGUUUCAAAAUCACAAAUUCACGAAGACUGAAAAAAACAAUGAAUCUUCAAUUAGUUGUUUUGAAUAAAUCACAAAAAAGCUGCAUGUUUCGAUGUCGCCUUUACGGCUUGAAGUAUGCCGUGGUGUACAAUGGGAAGGUUUGCUUUUGCGGAAGCAAUAGACCCCCGACCAAGAAGGCUAUUAAAAACGUCGACUGUUCGAAAAUAUGCAGCCCAAAGAAGUCGAAAUGUCGCCAAAAGAAUACCGUACGGAUCUAUGAGACUAUGACGCCAUCUUCGAAAUCUGUGGAAGGUAAUGUCUACGUUGGAUGCUUCAACCAGACCACUAACAGCCUGAAUAAAUUUGCCGAAUUAUACAUAGACAUGAAUUUCAUGACCAUCCAACGGUGUGUAUAUUCUUGCCACAGCUGGUUUAGAAGAUUCGCUGGUUUGUAUUUGGGGACACAGUGCUGGUGUGCCGACAAGCUGCUUGAAACAGAUCUUUCAUCACACGGCGCAAGUUCAAAUAAUUGCAACAUACCAUGUACCAACCAGGCUAAAACCUGUGGGGGGCCGCAAUACUUGCAGCUGCAUGCCCUUAUCUAUUCGCUUAAUCGGGAGACGCCACUGGCAGCAUAUCUGGGUUGCUAUCCUUUCAACACACAACAGAGAUCCGACAGGAAGAACAUCAUGCAGAGUUAUGCCAGGCGAAAAUUACCACAGAAUAAAGCAGAAAAAAUGAGCAUUUCCCGCUGCUGUUACCUCUGUGCUGUUCGGAGGAAACCUUAUGCUGGUGUGAUCAAAGGUAAUGUCUGCUACUGUAGUGCCACCCUUCGACCAAACUACAAGAGACAUCAAAGAAAUGACCUGGCCUGCAAUAGACCAUGCAGUGAAAAUUCGAAGCACUACUGCGGAGGGAACGUUGCCAUGCAGGUCUAUAAAUUGAGGAUGGGUGGGUUUGACUGGGAUACUUUCGGCUUUUUUAUCUGAACAAAUAACAAAGUUCAAACAUUUUUGGAAAUAAACCUGACAAAAACAUGUGA